UCAGCGCUGACGUGAGCAGGGCUGUCAUUACUGUAGUGACGAGUCAAACUACGUAUUAUUCGUUUGUCUAUAGGUGAGGGACUAUGGACGCCUCAGUUUCUCCUCAGUUGGACGGCAGUUUGAAGGACUCCGAUGGAGAGGAGAACCACAGUGACGACAGUUCCUCUUCUGCAGAUCCUGCUCAGGUGUCGGUGGAAGGAGGGUCUCCAGGAGUGACGGUGGUCCAGCUGUGUGACGGUCAGAUGCUUCAGGUCCACGGGGUGAUCCAGGCCCCUCAGACCUCCGUCAUACAGGCCCCACCCGUCCAGACCGUCCAGAUUGCCAGUGUAGCAGAGCUGGAGCCCGACCAAUCAGAAACAGACACUCAGAAGAGGCGGGUGCUUCUCUCCAGGCGUCCGUCUUAUCGAAAAAUACUGAAUGAGCUUUCAUCGGAUUCACCGGCCGUUGCUAAAAUCGAAGAGGAGAAGAUGGAGGAGGAGGAGGUGGUGGUCUCUGCUGCCGAAGCAACAGUGCCCACCUCCAUCUACCAGACCAGCUCAGGACAGUAUAUUGCGAUCUCUCAGGGGAGAGCCAUCCAGUUGAACCCCGGAGUAGAGGCCCUUCAGGGGGGGGGGGCCCAGACCCUGACGGUGGGUAGCUCCUAUCCAGCCGGAGACGCCCAACAGCAGAUCUUCAUCCAGGGAGGACAGAUGCUCCUCCAAGCUGCCACAGGAGACAUCCCUGCCUAUCAGCUGCGUUCACCAAACUCGGGCCUGGCUCACAGCAUCAUGAUGGCUGCGUCACCCGACAACAUGCAGAGCCCCCCCCCACCGCACACUGAAGCCAUCACCCUCAAGAGGGAGGUCCGCCUGAUGAAAAACAGGGAGGCAGCCAGAGAGUGCCGCAGGAAAAAAAAAGAGUAUGUCAAAUGUCUGGAAAACCGCGUGGCUGUGUUGGAAAACCAAAACAAGACCCUGAUUGAAGAGCUGAAAGCACUGAAGGACAUUUACUGCCACAAAGCAGAGUAGCGGUUUGUGGUCAUGAGCUGAAGACAGUGGCGUUUACAAGCUGCGACAGCAAAUAGAAAAAAAGACUGGAACUACUUUGACCGUCUCUGCUCACUCAGGCCUGGGUUACGCUGAAGUGUUUCGGGGGGUUUAAACAGCUGGAGCUGGCCGGUUUUCGCUCUUGUUCGUAUCUUGUGAAGACUCAAGUGUCGUUGAUGUUGCUUUUGUGCACCGGCCAAUGAGAGCCAGCUGACGAAGAGGAACAGGAAGAGGAAACACGGGCGCUUCCUGAAAAUGUACCGUUUCGAGUACAGAGAUUAACGGAAAAACAUUGGCGAGUCAGCCAGGUCGCUCUACCAGCAGUUCCUCUGAGGAGACGAGGUGCCACUAUCAGCUGCAACUCAUCCCUGUUUUCCUGAUCCAAUCUGCAGCAUGUACGCUUCUGUUCGCAGCGAUUCCACGCAUUCCUUCACCCUAAAAAGCAAGAAAUGUCUUCAAGUCAUUUAAGUAACAUCCUGGAGUUUUUGAUUUGGUUUCAAAGAAAAAAAGAACAUUUGCGAUGAAUAUCCUUUUAUUUUUAGCAGACGACACAGAAUAUAAUAUAUUUUAAAGAAAUAGAAAGGGGCAUUAUCUGAAUCAAGUUAUUUUAAAGUGAGUCGAUUGUUUAAAAAUGACAGAGCACAACUGCCCUUGAGUCAAAGCACAGAAAGUGUGGAUAUUAUCAGAAUGUAUAUUACGUUUAUUUUAAGAAUUUCAGUCCACAAGUUUAUUGUAUAUUCUGCAAAGCAUCCUCUCGCUUUACUGUCAUGCAAGCUUCAGUCUUAUUUUUCAAAUUAUGGAUAUCCAUUGUGUUUUAAAACUGUAUUUGAUUAUGGCUGGAUAUUGAAAUGCUCUGUUUAAAGGGUAAUGCCAAUUUCUCUUCUAUUUUUUUUUAAUGUAAAGACAUUUUAUUUGAAUGAUAAUAUAUCCUCUUCCUGUUUCUGGUGAUUUUGAAAAGUGCUUGCUUUCUCUGUUUCUGUAGUUGUUGAGUUUGUUCCAAUAAAUAUAUUUUAUUGAAGGAAAAAAAACACCUCCUAAUGUAACAGACGAUCUCUCACGACUGCCAAAGCUCUUUUAGUAAAAGACAAGUCUUUAACUGCGGUUUGUCUCGGUGACAACACAGUGAUUCAUCCUGUGGUCGUCUUGUUGUGUAACAACCAGAUGACCGGUAUGUUUUGUAUUCACAGAUAAAUAGCCAUUUUGUGAAAGUCUACGAAAACACAGGUGAUAAUACAAUUCAGGUCUUUUCUUGAUAUCAACUCGGUCAAGCUGAUCUAGUUGUGGAUUCUUGCUGUUUCAACCCUUUUACCAGUUGUUCUCCUCUCAGUUUACUUCCUUGUUUGAAUUGUAAAACCAAAAAUUAUUUUUUUGUUUGUCAAAUAAAGUAUUAAAAUGUGA